AUGAGGAUGAAUCUGGUGGCGUUGGCUUCGUCGUGGAGAGACGAAGGUGUUGGUACCCUCCAAUCUGUGUAUGAGGGCAAUGACCUCAAACCCAUUGAUUGUCUUACUGAAAUGCCAGAUGACAUUCUCUCUUUCAUUCUCUCGUUUUUGAGUAUUAGAGAUUCUGUCAAGGCAAGGAUACUGUCUAGAAGAUGGAGAUAUAUCUGUCCAUUCAUGUUGAAUCUUGAUUUUGAUCUUCAUACCGUGCUCGGAAUCAACUACAAAGCAAGGUACUCAAAUGGAGAUUCAGAUAUCUCAUGGGAGGAUAAGAGUAAGUUUGUAACUGAAGUUGAUCAAUUUUUGGAGCUGUACAAUGGUCAAAAGCUACUCUCUCUCAGGAUCUAUUUUUGUCUUGGUAACGAGUACUCUGGUUAUGUUGAUAGGUGGAUUACAUUUGCAAUUAUAAUGAAAACUGAAAAGCUUGAUCUUGAGUUUUUUGCUAGUCCUGAAAGUCAAACCUAA